CACGCCGGUAUGCCUCUCCUGCGGGCACAAGGCUGUUAGUUACGCGGUUUCGCGCACGUAGCGACCCAGAGCCUCCAAGGCCAUGGCUUCCGUCGGAGCGAUCCCAGGCAGGACGCCGCAGGGCCCGGGGCCCGGGGCAGCCUCGGCCAGCUUUCCCAGCCUGGCCCCGGUGCCGGGCCGCGGGGAGGCCGAGGAGGAGGAGAACGAGCAGGAGCCGGCGGAGAUCCAUCUGUGUGUCCUGUGGACUUCGGGAUACUUGGGCAUUGCCUAUUAUGACACUAGUGACUCCACCAUCCACUUCAUGCCAGAUGCCCCAGAUCACGAGAGUCUCAAGCUUCUCGAGAGAGUGUUGGAUGAAAUCAAUCCCCGGUCUGUUGUUACGAGUGCCAAACAGGAUGAGAAUAUGACUCGGUUUCUAGGGAAGCUUGCCUCCCAGGAGCACAGAGAGCCUAAGAGACCUGAAAUCGUAUUUUUGCCAAGUGUGGAUUUUGGUCUGGAGAUAAGUAAACAGCGCCUCCUUUCUGGAAACUACGCCUUCAUUCCAGACUCCAUGACUACCACUGAGAAAAUCCUCUUCCUCUCCUCCAUUAUUCCCUUUGACUGCCUCCUCACGGUUCGGGCACUUGGAGGGUUGCUCAAGUUCCUGGGUCGAAGAAGAAUUGGGGUUGAACUGGAAGACUAUAACAUCAGCGUCCCCAUCCUGGGCUUUAAGAAAUUUGUGUUGACCCAUCUGGUGAGCAUAGAUCAAGACACAUACAGCGUUCUGCAGAUAUUUAAGAGUGAGUCCCAUCCCUCAGUGUACAAAGUGGCCAGCGGACUGAAGGAGGGGCUCAGCCUCUUUGGAAUCCUCAACAGAUGCCGUUGUAAGUGGGGAGAGAAGCUGCUCAGGCUGUGGUUCACACGUCCAACUCAGGACCUGGGAGAGCUAAAUGCUCGGUUGGAUGUCAUUCAGUUUUUCCUCCUACCUCAGAAUCUGGACAUGGCUCAAAUGCUGCAUCGGUUGCUGGGUCAUAUCAAGAAUGUACCUCUGAUUCUGAAACGCAUGAAGCUGUCCCACACCAAGGCCAGCGACUGGCAGGUUCUAUACAAGACUGUGUACAGUGCCCUGGGUCUGAGGGAUGCCUGCCGCUCCCUGCCCCAGUCCAUCCAGCUCUUUCAGGACAUUGCCCAAGAGUUCUCUGACGACCUGCACCAUAUCGCCAGCCUCAUUGGGAAGGUGGUGGACUUUGAGGGCAGUCUUGCUGAAAAUCGCUUCACAGUCCUCCCCAACAUAGAUCCUGACAUUGAUGAGAAAAAACGAAGGCUGAUGGGACUUCCCAGUUUCCUCACUGAGGUCGCCCGGAAGGAGCUAGAGAAUCUGGACUCCCGUAUUCCUUCAUGCAGUGUCAUCUACAUCCCUUUGAUUGGCUUCCUUCUCUCUAUUCCCCGCCUGCCUUCCAUGGCAGAGGCCAGUGACUUUGAGAUUGAAGGACUGGACUUCAUGGGCUUUGUUCCUUUCAACAAGCCUGUUCAGCUUCAGCACAAGUAUCAAAGAAACAACGACUUCAGAGGAGGUAAGAAGGAAUACUCCAAAGGAUUCACUGAGGAAAAUUCAGCCCGUAUCCUAGGAAAGAGCCCCACAUUGUUUCUGUCAGAGGAGAAGCUGCACUACCGUAGUGCUCGAACCAAGGAGCUGGAUGCAUUGCUGGGGGACCUGCACUGUGACAUCCGGGACCAGGAGACCCUGUUGAUGUACCAGCUGCAGUGUCAGGUGCUGGCACGGGCCGCUGUCUUGACCCGGGUGUUGGACCUUGCCUCCCGCCUGGACGUCCUGCUGGCUCUUGCCAGUGCUGCCCGGGACUAUGGCUACUCAAGGCCCCGUUAUGCCCCCCAGCUCAUUGGGGUCAGAAUCCAGAAUGGCAGACAUCCUCUGAUGGAACUCUGUGCCCGAACCUUCGUGCCCAACUCUGCAGAAUGUGGUGGGGACAGAGGGAGGGUCAAAGUCAUCACUGGACCCAAUUCCUCAGGGAAGAGCAUAUACCUCAAACAGGUAGGCUUGAUCACAUUCAUGGCCCUGGUGGGCAGCUUUGUGCCAGCAGAGGAAGCCGAAAUUGGGGCUGUGGACGCCAUCUUUACCCGAAUCCACAGCUGUGACUCCAUCUCCCUGGGCCUCUCUACCUUCAUGAUCGACCUCAACCAGAUGGCGAAAGCAGUGAACAAUGCCACCAAGCAGUCUCUGGUCCUCAUUGACGAAUUUGGAAAGGGAACCAACACGGUGGACGGGCUCGCACUUCUGGCCGCUGUCCUGAGACACUGGCUGGCACUUGGACCCACGUGCCCUCACAUCUUUGUGGCCACCAACUUUCUGAGUCUUGUUCAGCUCCAGCUGCUGCCACAAGGGCCCCUUGUACAAUAUUUGACCAUGGAGACCUGUGAGGAUGGAGACGACCUAGUCUUCUUCUAUCAGGUGUGUGAAGGUAUUGCCAAGGCCAGCCAUGCCUCCCACACAGCUGCCCGGGCUGGGCUUCCUGACCAACUCCUUACUCGUGGCAAGGAGGUCUCAGACUUGAUCCGCAGUGGGAAACCUAUCAAGCCUGUCAAGGAGUUGCUAAAGGAGAAGCAAAUGGAAAAUUGCCAGACAUUAGUAGAUAAAUUUCUGAAACUGGACCUGGACGAUCCCGACUUGGACCUGGACCUUUUCAUGAGUCAGGAAGUGCUGCCUGCUGCCACUGCCCUCCUUUGAGAGCCCUUCCUUGGCCCUCCUCCACCUCAACCUGUCUCCUCACCUUCCUCAGACCCAGAACUCUCAGCUUUCCUGGAAAUUUUGUUUCAUAUUAGGAAUAAAGUUUACUUCAGAGAAA